AUUGAGAUCAAAAUAAAAUUCAGUGUUCAAUUUUCAUAAAUUUUCACUUCCAAAAAUCCGUAAAUAUUCCAGAAUCUUCGGAUUUAAAACCGAUAAGUAAUUAUCUAGCGUUGAAAGACCUCAGGGUCAUUUACGAAAUAUCUGAUUCAAUAAAUCAAUACAUUUAAUAUAUUCAUUUCAUUCCAAUAAUUUCAGUCGAGGAUUAGAUGACGAAUGGAUUAAUAACUGGAUUUGCAUACGAGAAAAAAAAAUACGCAUUGAACUAUAUUGAUGAUCGUAUUAUUGCAGAUUACACGUGCGUCAUAUUAUACUGUAUAUUACCUCCCCCCACCCACGAUAACCCGACGAUCUCAAGCAUUUACUUGUCACAGUUUAGUGAUUGAUAAAGUCUCGUGGUGUGGGCUUUUUCGUAUUCGGUUUAUGAGUUAUUAAAAUAUUUUUGAGAUUAUGGGAGCGACACAGGUCUAAUUGGUCGUCGCAUUCCAGGGGAAGAGGUCAGUGUAACGGAAUUAGUUGUUUCGAAUUAUUUCGAGGCAACUGUUAAAGAGACCGAUGCGUUAUCGGUACCCGGGGUUUUUAUUUUGUUAUCUGUUGCAUUCUGGUGAUAGUGCUGUGAAGUAUUGAUCACUUUUUUUGCAUUUUUGUUUUUUAUUGAGUGCAACCUGGAGGAAUUGGGUAAUUGUCGGUUGGUGAAAGUUAGAGCUGUUUGAUUUUUAAGUAUGGGUAAGCCUGAGGAUGAGAAGGAAAAGCUGGGGCCCGUUCAGCACCUGGUGCUUCCCAGGUCCUCGGUUUCUUCCAGCGAACCACGAAAAUCUCACACUCUUGUUUUUUUUGUUAAUGGAAAAGAGGUAGUGGACGCGUCUGUAGACCCAGAAUGGACGCUACUGCAGUACCUGCGUACGAAACUGCGCCUGACUGGUACAAAAUUGGGUUGUGCAGAAGGUGGAUGCGGUGCGUGCACAGUUAUGGUCUCCAAGUAUGACCGGAAGAAAUCACAACUAGUUCAUCUGGCGGUGAACGCGUGCCUCGCACCGGUGUGCAGCAUGCACGGGCUCUCGGUGACGACGAUCGAGGGUUUGGGUAGUACCCGAACAAAGCUCCAUCCGAUUCAAGAGCGCCUUGCAAAAGCUCACGGAUCGCAGUGCGGCUUCUGCACACCAGGUAUAAUAAUGUCAAUGUACGCACUGCUGCGUACAAAGCCGGUGCCGACGAUGCACGACCUGGAGGUGGCCUUCCAAGGGAACCUGUGCAGGUGCACAGGUUAUCGGCCGAUAAUCGAGGGCCUGCGAACAUUCACGGAGGAGUGGGAGCAGUCGCAGAUAGCAAAAGGUCUGUCCGGAGGGUCAACUGCGGCCUGCGCCCUGGGCGAUGCAUGCUGCAGGCGUCAAUUUACCUCCGAGCCGACGGAGGUAUUCAAUUCCAAAGAGUUCACCCCCUACGAUCCCUCCCAGGAGGUCAUUUUCCCGCCCAAACUCAAGCUCCAGGACGACCUCGACCGGGAGUCUCUCGUCAUCAAGGGAAAGGAUGUCACGUGGUACCGACCUGUGAGGCUGGAAGCCCUCCUCACCCUGAAGACGCAGGUCCCGGGGGCUCGUAUCAUCGUCGGGAACACUGAGGUUGGGGUUGAGACGAAAUUCAAGCAUCUGGUUUACCCUGUCCUCAUACAACCCACUCAGAUCCCCGAGCUCAGGGAGAUGACCUCCGGGUCGGGUUACGUGUGCAUUGGCGCUGCCGUCACGCUCAUCGAAAUGGAGGAAUUCAUGCGUGAGAUAAUGACGCGCAAUCCAGAGUACAGAACCCGGAUAUUUUCCGAGAUCAUUGGGAUGGCGCACUGGUUCGCCGGGAAGCAGAUACGAAAUGUCGGUGCCAUCGGUGGGAAUAUCAUGACUGGCAGUCCGAUUUCUGACAUGGUGCCGGUGCUGAUGGCGGCUAAAGCCAGAUUGAAUCUUUGCAGUCUCAAGGAUGGACGAAGACAGGUACCUCUGGACCACACGUUCUUCACGGGCUAUCGGCGGAAUGUCGUGGGACCUGAGGAGGUCCUCAUCUCCAUCGAGAUCCCCUUCACGACCCAAUCCCAGUACUUCAUCGCGUAUAAACAAGCCAAACGGAGGGAUGACGACAUCGCCAUCGUCAAUAUGGCGAUGAAUGUUGAGUUCCGGGACGGAACGGAUGAGAUAGUGGAGGCCCAGGUUGCGUACGGUGGUGUCGCACCCAUGACACGGCUUGCGGUGAAGACGUGUGGGAAAAUAGUGGGAAAACGCUGGGACUCGGAGAUGGUGGAGAUGGCGUACGAGUCGCUUAUCGAAGAGUUUCCACUUCCGGAUUCGGUUCCAGGGGGGCAGGUUUUGUACCGCAGGUCGUUGGUGCUGAGUCUUUUCUUCAAGGGGUUUGUCCAUAUUUUGGGACUUCUGCGGAGGGAUGUCGCGGGGCUUUCGCCGCCAAUGGAGAGGCUGACCUCGGCUGCAGAGACAUUUGGGUACAAGCCGCCGAAGAGCUCUCAGUACUACCAAGUUGUCAAAAAAAAUCAGGAUCCGAAGGACUUGAUUGGAAGACCGAUAAUUCACGCGAGUGCGUUUAAACAGGCGACGGGGGAGGCCAUAUACUGCGAUGACAUACCCCAGUUCCAGGGGGAGCUUUACAUGGCCCUGGUACUGUCCACCAGAGCCCACGCUAGACUCAUCCGCAUCGAUGCUACGGAAGCGAUGGCAGUCGAAGGGGUCGUGAAGUUCUACUCUGCGGAGGAUGUCCCAGAUCACAAUAACUGGGUGGGUCCGGUUAUCCAUGACGAGCAGAUCUUCAUCAAGUCAAAGGUGACGAGUCAGGGCCAGAUUCUCGGGGCAAUUAUCGCAGCGGAUCAGGCGACAGCCCAAAAAGCAGCUAGACUAGUCAAAAUUGAUUACGAGAACCUGGAGCCAAUCAUCGUCAGCAUAGAAGACGCCAUCGACGCGAAGUCGUUUGUCCAGGGCACUCCAAAGGGCAUCAAAGACGGGGACAUCGAUGCGGCGUUCGCCGAGUCCGAUCACAUCCUCGAGGGCGAGGUUAGGAUGGGUGGACAAGAGCACUUCUACCUCGAAACGCACGCGACUCUGGCCAUCCCUAAGGAAACCGACGAGCUCGAGCUGUACUGCUCGACCCAGCAUCCAUCGGAGAUUCAGAAACUCGUUGCACACACUCUGGGGAUUGCAAUAAAUCGGGUUAAUGUCAGGGUGAAGCGCAUGGGUGGGGGUUUCGGUGGGAAAGAGUCACGGGGAAUGCUGGUGGCGCUACCAGCGGCGCUUGCUGCAUGGGACCUGCAGCGACCGGUGCGCUGCAUGCUGGAUCGCGACGAGGACAUGAUGAUAUCGGGUACGCGGCAUCCCUUCAUGCACAGAUACAAAGUCGGCUUUACAAAGGAAGGAAAAAUAAAGGGCGUGAAGAUCGAGAUAUUCAACAACGCGGGGUACUCCAUGGAUCUUUCCGUUUCCGUUUUGGAACGCGCCAUUUUUCACUGCGAGAAUGCGUACAAGUUUCCGGUAACGCACGUCACUGGAACCGCGUGUCUCACUAAUAUUCCGUCUAACACAGCAUUCCGCGGAUUCGGUGGACCACAAGGCAUGUUCGUUGCGGAGAAUAUAAUGUGGGAUGUGGCGAACUACCUCGGACUCGAGCCCGCAAAGGUUUCAGAGUUGAAUCUCUACAAAGAGAACGACCGGACGCACUACCAGCAGGUGCUGAUCCGAUGUCCCCUGGAGCGCUGCUGGCAGCAGUGUAUCGUCCAGUCGAACUACCAAUCCCGUAAAUCAGAAGUUGAUGCGUUCAACAGAGCGAAUCGCUACAGAAAACGCGGAAUCGCGGUGAUACCCACGAAAUUUGGGAUAGCCUUCACCGCGUUGUUCCUGAAUCAAGCAGGAGCACUGGUUCACAUUUACACAGAUGGAUCAGUUCUUAUUAGUCAUGGGGGGACGGAGAUGGGGCAGGGACUGCACACGAAGAUGAUUCAAGUGGCGAGUAGAAUCUUCAAGGUUGACCCGGACAAGAUUCACAUCUCGGAGACGGCCACUGAUAAAGUACCUAACACAUCCGCAACAGCUGCCAGCGCUGGAUCAGAUCUGAAUGGAAUGGCUGUGAUGAACGCCUGCAACACGAUAAUGGCGCGCCUCCAGCCGAUCAUUGACGCGAACCCGGACAAGACCUGGGAACAGUGGGUGACGAUUGCUUAUUUCGAGAGAAUCAGCCUGAGUGCCAGUGGUUUCUACAGAACCCCUGACAUCGGGUACAAUUUCGAUAAGAACGAGGGGAUGGCUUUCAACUAUUUCACGUAUGGCGUUGCCUGCAGCGAGGUGGAGAUCGACUGUCUCACGGGGGAUCACCAGGUCCUGCGGACAGACAUCGUUAUGGAUCUGGGGGAUAGUUUGAACCCUGCUAUUGAUAUUGGUCAGGUUGAGGGAGGAUUUGUGCAGGGCUUGGGGUUAUUCACCCUCGAGGAGAUGAUCUACUCUCCCACUGGGACUGUUUACAGUCGGGGACCUGGGGUAUACAAGAUCCCUGGGUUCGCGGACAUCCCUCAGGAGUUCAAUGUCUCACUUUUGAAGGAUGCUCCUAAUCCCAGGGCUGUAUUCUCCUCGAAAGCCGUCGGAGAACCCCCACUUUUUUUGGCUUCUUCUAUUUUUUUUGCUAUUAAAAAUGCAGUUCUCGCCGCCAGGAGCGAGACCACCGCCAAUAGGCUCUUUCGGUUUGACUCUCCCGCUACUUCCGGGCGGAUACGAACAGCCUGUGAAGAUGACAUCACUUCCAGGUUUCCGAUGCCAGACGUCAGCAAAGCCUGGAAUAAAGUUCCUUAGAGUCUAAAAAAAUUAAACUAUAUUUUUCAUAACUGAAGAUUAAUAAGAGAUUAUUUACACCUUUAUGUCACAUAAAUGUAGAAUAUAAGAA